AAGGUGUUGGCAAAACAUCACUUGUUAUGCGUUAUAUAGAGAAAACAUUUUCACCUAAUUCAACAUCAACCAUUGGUGCUUCAUUUAUGACUAAAAAACAUCUUCUAAUUUCUUGUUUAGAACAGUUGAUAAUUGUAGAGUAAGAUUGCAAAUUUGGGAUACAGCAGGACAAGGUCCAUGAUAAUAGAAAGAUUUCGUGCAAUGGCUCCCAUGUAUUAUAGGGGUGCACAAGCCGCUUUAUUAGUGUAUGAUAUUACAUCACAAGAAAGUUUUGAAGAACUAUCUUCUUGGAUAGAUGAAUUGAAGAGAAAUAUGACAGAUGAAUUAGUUAUUAUUGUAGCAGCAAACAAAUUAGAUUUAGCUCAGUCUCAAAGAGAAGUAUCAUAUGAUGACGCUCAGAAAUAUAUCACACGUGUAUUAGGUCCAGAAACAUUAUUAUAUGAAGUAUCAGCAAAAGAAGAUGAUGGCACGAUUGAAGACAUGUUUAUUCAUGUAGCUCGUAUUUUAGUAGAACGAAAGCAAUAUUUACCUUCAGUGAAGAGAAAGCCAACAAACUAUUUACCAAUGGAUGAAGAGCCGCCAUCACCAAAAUCUUCAUGUUGUGGCUUUUAAAGGAUAGCAAAUACAUAUAUUCCCUCCUAUUAUUAGUAUUAGUAUUAGUAUUAUUUUUUGGAUUCCAUUAUGUGAUUUCUUAUAUGUAUAUAUGUAUACAUGUAUAUGUGUAUCUA